UCUAUUUGUUUCUCUGUCUACGCCUACUAUUUAGUUCAGACUUCAGUUUGUAAUAUCUAGUUUUUUUUUUGUUUUGAAACAAUUAAUUGCUGGUUAGGUUAUGUUUUCAAACAAUGUGAAGUGAAAUUACUAAAGAAAAUAUCGUAUAAUAUAUUUCGCAAUGAAUCCUAUGACAAAUGUAAAGAAUGUUUUAAAGUUAAGUGAAAGAGAACUUGCGGGAAAUUCCAAAAGUUCUUGGCACGACCAAUAUAAAGACAGUGCUUGGAUAUUUGUUGGAGGCCUGCCGUAUGAUCUAACGGAAGGAGAUAUAAUUUGUGUAUUUUCACAGUAUGGAGAAGUAGUUAAUAUAAACUUGGUCAGAGAUAAAGCUACUGGUAAAUCGAGAGGAUUUUCAUUCAUUUGCUAUGAAGAUCAAAGGUCUACAAUUCUUGCUGUAGAUAAUUUAAAUGGCAUCAAGAUCUUAGGUAGAACAAUUCGUGUGGACCAUUGUGAGCAGUAUAAAGCCCCAAAUGCUGACAUGAGUAAGAUAGAUGAAAUUACUGCAUCAAUUAGAAUAGAAGGAUGUGCACCUGUUAUUCCCAAACCAGAGAUACCUAUUAAAACGGAAAAAUCUGAAAAGAAAGAACCUAAAGAAAAAAAGAGAAAGCAUAAAGAAAAGAAAAGUAAAAAAAAGAAAAAGAAGAAGAAUAAAUCUGAGACUAAUUCUAGCUCUAGUGAAUAAAAUAUUUAUGUAAUUAAAUAAUAUUAACACACAUUA